UUCUUGUUCUCCCUCGGAAAGCAAUCUCAAGCUGUAGGAUCGAUCGAACAGACGGUAAUAGGUUUGAUUUGUUUGAACGAAAGGCCUAGCCCGGGCGGAGUCGGCGACAACGGUGUCCAAGGAGCUCGCGGCAAAGGUCUGCCGCACGUGAUCUACUGCCGACUUUGGCGCUGGCCGGACUUGCAGUCGCAUCAGGAGCUGAGGGCGAUCGAGCACUGCGAGUACGCGUUCACGCAGAAGCGGGACGAGGUCUGCGUGAAUCCGUAUCACUAUCAACGAAUACAGACGCCAGUUUUGCCAGCCAUUCUCGUGCCGCGGCACAACCUAGCCGGGGACGAGUCCGUCCUCUACAACACCUCCCUCGAGGAGCUCAGCGUCAGCGUGCCGGAGAACACUAGCUUCCACGCGACGCUGAACCACCAGCAUCAUAAUCAACAGGGUAUACCGCAGUCUCCGCAGCAGCAGCAGCAACAACAGCAACAGCAGCAGCAACAGCAACAACAGCAGCAACAACAACAGCAGCAGCAGCAACAAGCAAACAAUCCGUAUCAAGGAAUGCAGAGUAUGCAAGCGACGAGUCCGGCGAGUGUGGGGAGCCUAGGAAGCGUUCAGGGUUCACCGCAUCCGGCGCCUGGAUCUAUGGAUCCUCCAGCGGACACACCACCUCCGGGAUAUAUAAGCGAGGAUGGUGACAACAUGGAUCACAACGACAACAUGUCUUUGUCGCGUUUGUCGCCGAGUCCAGUCGACGCGCAACCAGUUAUGUACUGCGAGCCUGCCUUCUGGUGUUCGAUAAGUUACUACGAACUGAAUACAAGAGUGGGCGAGACCUUCCACGCGUCACAACCGAGCAUCACGGUCGACGGAUUCACCGAUCCAAGCAACUCCGAGCGUUUCUGCCUGGGAUUAUUGUCGAACGUUAAUCGCAACACCGUCGUCGAGCAAACGAGACGGCACAUCGGCAAAGGAGCCAGACUUUAUUACAUUGGCGGGGAGGUGUUCGCGGAGUGUCUCUCCGAUUCGAGCAUAUUUGUCCAGAGUCCUAACUGUAACCAGCGUUACGGUUGGCAUCCGGCUACCGUUUGCAAAAUACCACCCGGCUGCAACUUGAAGAUCUUCAAUAAUCAAGAGUUCGCCGCAUUGUUGUCGCAGUCGGUAUCCCAAGGUUUCGAGGCGGUGUAUCAGCUGACUCGGAUGUGCACCAUCAGGAUGAGCUUCGUGAAAGGCUGGGGAGCGGCGUAUCGACGGCAAACCGUGACAUCGACUCCCUGUUGGAUCGAGCUGCAUUUAAACGGUCCGCUGCAAUGGCUGGAUAGGGUGUUGACGCAGAUGGGUUCGCCGCGUUUGCCCUGUUCCUCGAUGUCAUAAGAUUGUAUAUUUCUCUUCUUCCUGGAUGCGAAACAAAGAGAAACGAUUCGCGCGCUACCGUCGUCAUCAGCGUCAUCAUCGUCGUCGUCGAUUGGUUUUCCAUUUUACCCGCGAAUUAUACCGCUUUGUAUUCGAUUCAUCCGGGAUCGUCGCAGCCGCGCCGACACCGGCGACCGGCGAGAAUAAGGUGGACAGGAACGUUCGCGUUUUCGCCUCGACGAUGCGCGCGCGGUAACGCGAGAGCCCGACUUUGCGUUCAAACAUGUCAGGAGAACGUUCGAAGUAACGACCGCUCGGCCGAGUGCUCAAACAGAAGAAUACUAAAACGGAUGUUUCCUACGGUUGUGGGAAAGAACGGCAUGUAAAUAAACCAGUCACGCGUUUUAACGAAACACGGAAAACACGUUUUCCGACGAAACCGAUAGUGUG